CUAAACUCUCUCACGACCCUUCUACUGCUGAAGUCAGCUCUUGCUCAAGCUCUGGAAAGGCUCAGGUAAGAGCUGGUAUCACAGCCAGAACAUAAAUCCCCUGUGGCCAGGGGCAGCCCUGAGAAGAUGCCACAGUACAGGAGGAAGGGGACACAUGUGACUGACUGGCACCACUGGGCAGUAGCCGCCAGAUGAAGGGUGGUUGUGCCAAGCUUAUCUGCCAUUAAGACUAGUAGUCCAUCCAAUGCCAAGGACAUCACUUUGCUCAGGACCCCUCUUCUGCUGUGAUCAUAUCCUAGUCCUGCUUCAGCAGCUGAACUGUUAGGUGCACAGUGUAUUAAGGGUCUCUCCUCUUUCCUGUUACUCCUGGGUUGUUCCAGUAGAGCUAAGAAACGGCAGAAGAGCAGGUAGCAGGGUGGUCCUGUAGCCUACAUCGGCAGGAGGAAAGGUGGGUGGCCAUUACGAGGUUCUGUAAAAGUCCUUUCAGGGGAAGCUGCUGCUGUCCUGUGUUUCUCAUGGUGUUGCAUUAAGUGCAGCUUCAUUAGUUCCAGAUCUGCAGUACAGCAGUGCCUGCCCUCAUCUAUGCACUACACUAACACUGCCACCCUACCCAGCAGGGCAGCUGGGAGGGGCAUGCAUCUAAACCCACCAGACUUGCAGUUUACUCCAAGUCAUUUACACUUCUCUUGCAUUCAAAAAUAGAAACUGAAAAAGAGCUGCCUCUGCCCAUCCUCACAUUUUGGGAAAUACUGAGACAGAUAAUGAAACCAUGCAAAUUUACACACACAUACCCCACACUGGCCUGCUCGUGUACAAAACACUUCUGCUGAAUCUUCUAUGAAACAGUUAAGGGUAAAAAUGGUGCCAUCUGGGCCAAGAAAUCCUUUGCCCAGUAAGGACAUUGGGAUUUGAAGAUAGCUCAGCCUUGACUGGAAGCCAUCAAUCUCCUGAGAUAAAGUAACAGAAAAGAAGUGUGACCCUUGGAUUCCACUCACAGCUCGGAAUGUGUCACCUCCCUUAGCUCAGUGGAUAGAACUCGCCUCUUCCUAGCAAGGGCAAGCAAAGGAGCCACACGGACACACUGAGAUCUAACAGUUAACAUUCACUACUGCCUUGCCAGGGAGAGAGACUGGCAGGCCAGGAGGGCUGUUGUGGCCAAUCACCUCCAGUGAAAACACCUUGAAAAGCCAAGAGCCCUGUGCGCAACACUACUGUCAGCUCAGAGGGAAAAAGAAAAAAACCUUUUAAGGAAACUUUAACUUCAGUGGGCUGCUCUUCUGCCAGGCCUUUCAGGCCCUCUGAACAUAAGCCGAACCACAGAUGUCUGCGUUGUAAGUCUGGAUGCUGAAACCCGCCCUCCCUACCCGGACGGCUUCAGCACCAGUUGUUAGCCAAAAAUAAACACCAUUCCUCAACCAUAUAUGUCCACCAGUCGUGAUCUGGGGAGGGAGCAGGAGGCAGGUCAGACCCUUGCCGGCCACACUCCGUGAGGCCGCCACUCACCAUGCACAUAACGCAGCUCAAUCGGGAGUGCCUGCUGCACCUCUUCUCCUUCCUGGACAAGGACAGCAGGAAGAGCCUCUCCAGGACCUGCGCCCAGCUCCGAGAGGUGUUUGAGGACCCCACCCUCUGGCCCCUGCUGCACUUCCAUUCCCUCGCAGAGCUCAAGAAGGACAACUUCCAGCUGGGCCCUGCAUUGCGCAGCCUGUCCAUCUGCUGGCAUUCCAGCCGUGUGCAGGUGUGCAGCAUCGAGGACUGGCUCAAGAGUGCCUUCCAGAGGAGCGUCUGCAGCCAGCAUGAGAACCUGGUUAAUGAUUUCCUUCUGCAGGUGUGUGACAGGUGCCCCAACCUGGCGUCCGUCACGCUUUCGGGCUGCGGCCACGUCACCGACGACUGUCUGGCGCGCCUGUUGCUCAGCUGCCCGCGCCUGCGCACGCUGCGCCUCGAGAACUGCGCGCGCGUCACCAACCGCACUCUGGCGGCCGUGGCCGCGCACGGGCGCGCGCUGCAGACGCUGCACGUGGACUUCUGCCGCAACGUGAGCGCCGCUGGCCUGCUUCGCCUGCGCGCCGCCUGCCCGAGCCUGACCCUGAGCGCGGAGCACAGUGCGGCCAUGAUCCCCGACCAGCCGCCGCGCGCUCGCGCCUGCGCGGCCUCGGUGUUCCCGGCUGCCGCGGGGGGACUGUGCCUACCUCACCCCACGAGUUCCUGCGGAGGACGCGCACGCGAUUAAACGAGCGGAGGCUUGGGAAA